AUGAAGCUUUUUUCCAAGGCUUCCGCCCUGUUGGCGCUACACGCAAGUGUGGUCACCGCUGCGAACUCCGUCGCCAAUACCAUCCUGGUCUUCGCCAGAGACUCUGCCUCCGCCAAUGUUGCCACACUAGGGCUGCAAGGUUACGGCAUCCCGUACCAGACCGUGCUCGUGCCCCAGUCCGGUGCCGCACUGCCUGUUCUCAACUCCUCCGCUACCCAGGGCAACUAUGGCGGUAUCCUCGUGCUCAGCGAGGUCUCAUACCAGUACUCCACUGGCUUCCUGAGUGCCCUCAACGCUUCGCAAUGGCAGACAAUGUACGACUACCAGACCGCUUUUGGUGUGCGCAUGGUCCGUCUGGACGUUUAUCCCACCCCUGACAUGGGCGUCACCACAUACAUUGCCGGUGCUGGCUGCUGUGAUGCCGGUGUCGAACAGCUCAUCAGCUUCAAUGACAGCUCUGCAUUCCCUGGUGCUAACAUCAAGACCGGGGCAACCGCCAGCACUGCAGGCCUCUGGCACUACCCUGCGCAAAUCACCAACAGCAGCAUCGCCACCGCCGUUGCCAAGUUUGCUCCUGCGGGCUCUUUCACUGCCGAUACCACCGCAGCCGUCAUCAACAAGAUUGGCGGCCGUCAGCAGAUGGUCUUCUUCAUCAGCUGGGCUACUGACUGGUCUCUGACCUCCAACUACCUGCAGCACUCGUACAUCAACUGGAUGACCCGUGGUCUGUUCGUAGGGAAGCGCAAGGUCUACCUGAGCACACAGGUCGAUGAUAUGCAUCUUGCUACGGGCCUAUACUACCCCAACAACACCAACUUCCGCAUCCGCACCCGGGAUCUUGAUGCCCACAAGGCUUGGCAGACCGACAUCAACACGCGUCUGGCACCCGGCUCCAACUACUUUGUUGAGAUUGGCCACAACGGUAACGGUGAUAUUGACAAUGCCACCAGCCAAACCAGUGGCGCGACUCUGUGCACCCCUGCCUACGCUGUUGACUACGACUCCCCCCCUGACACUGCGCUCGAGUUCCAGAAGCCCCUGGGUUCCGGAACCGACCUGUGGCCCGCCGAGUUUAAGAACUACACCUGGAGCCUGCCCUGUGCCCAGCUGGACCCCAUCGCCAGCUGGUUCCAGAACAACAAGGAUGUUUUCGCUGCCGUAUCGCACACCUUCUCUCAUCAGGAGCUCAACAACGCCACCUACUACGAUGCGAACCGCGAGAUUUACUUCAACAUCGCGUGGAUGAAGCAAAUUGGCAUUUCCGCAGGCAACAAGUUCUCUGCGAACGGUCUCAUCCCUCCCGCCAUCACUGGUCUGCACAACGGUGAUGCUAUCAAGGCAUGGAUGGACAACGGCAUCAAGUUCGUCGUCGGUGACAACACCCGCCCCGUGCUGCGCAACCCGAACCCCUUCUAUGCUCUCACGACAACCGUCGCCGGCAACGGCUACGCUGGUCUGACCGUCAUCCCUCGCUGGGCAACAACCAUCUACUACAACUGCGACACACAGACCUGCACCACCAAUGAAUGGAUCGCCACUUCAGGUGGCUCCGGUACCUUCACCAACCUGCUCAACGACGCCAGGACUGUCAACACUCGCUACCUUCUCGGUCUGCACCCGGAUCCUUACAUGUUCCACCAGGCCAACAUGCGCUGGGGCGACACCGACCAGAUCACCGUCGGCAACCAGUCCGGCAGGCUUUCCCUGAUGCAGAUCUGGGUCGAGACCAUUACCCAGGAGCUUCUCCGCCUGACAAACUGGCCUGUUAGCUCCCUGAAGCAUGAUGCCAUUGGCCAGCUCUUCCUGGACAGGGCCACCCUUGAUGCGUGCAACCCCAACCUCAAGUACAACUACUCUGACGACGGCAAGUCUAUUGUCUCGGUCACCGUCACGACCAACGGCAAUGCCUGCGCCGUCAAGGUGCCUGUUACUGUCCCAGGCACAGCGACCUCUGCGGCCGGUACCCUUGACAAGGUCGGGAGCGAGCCAGCAAUCUACUGGACUCAAAUGUCCAACGCGCCAGUGACCUACACACUGAGCGAACCUGUUGCUGUCUAA